AUGCAGAAAGAUUCAGACAUACACUGUAUAACUCAUAUGGAGAUGAUUAAGGGAAUUAAGGGACAUGGUUAUCAUGAUGAGCUUGUGGUCCCAAUAAUUGAGAACACUGCCCAUGAAGCAGAGCUUGUUGAAUCUCUUACUGAAGCGAUCACAGCUUACCCAAAAACAACAGCUGUGCUUGUUCGCAACCAUGGGGUGUAUGUAUGGGGAGACUCAUGGAUCAGUGCUAAGACUCAGGCUGAAUGCUAUCACUAUCUUUUUGAUGCUGCUAUCAAGCUUCAUCAGUUGGGUUUAGACUGGUCAACGCCAACUCAUGGUCCCAUUCGCAGUAUAAAUGGAAUUUGGGGCUGCAAUGGAACUAUGAGUAGGGGUCUGAAAGUUGGGGGUCUGAGCUUGGAUGAUAUGAUUGAACCUUCUCAACGCUGUAUACUUCUUGACAUUGAAGGGACAACUACUCCUAUAUCAUUUGUUACUGAUGUUCUUUUUCCCUAUGCCCAUGCCAAUGUGGGAAAGCAUUUAGCUGCAACAUUUGAUAGUGAAGAAACUCAAGAGGAUAUAAAUUUGUUGCGCUCUCAAAUUCAGCAUGAUUUGGAACAAGGUGUUGUUGGUGCUGUGCCCAUCCCUCCAGAUUAUGUGGGCAAAGAGUUGGUGAUUGCUUCUUUUGUUGCUAAUGUUGAAGCAAUGAUUAGGGCUGACAGAAACAUUACUGCCCUAAAACAAUUACAAGGUCAUAUAUGGAGGACUGGAUUUCAAAGUAAUGAGUUGGUGGGUGUUGUAUUUGAUGAUGUACCAGAAGCUCUUGAGAGGUGGCAUGCUUCAGGCAUCAAGGUUUACAUAUAUUCUAGUGGCAGCCGGGAGGCCCAACAGCUUAUUUUCUCCAAUUCUAAUUAUGGGGACUUGAGAAAAUACUUCUGUGGCUUUUUUGAUACAACAAUGGGAAACAAGAAAGAGACACACAGUUACUUCGAGAUUUUGCGGACAGUGGGAAUAGAUAGGCCAUCUGACAUGUUAUUUGUGACAGAUGUCUUCCAAGAAGCUGUUGCUGCAAGGGCUGCAGGUUUGGAAGUGGUAAUCUCCAUCCGGCCGGGAAAUGGACCUCUCCCAGAAAAUCAUGGGUUUAGAACUAUAGAAACCUUUUUGGAAAUCUAAUACAAAAUAUGUUGUGUAAUCUAAUGACCUGUUGUAUAGAAAACUCAGUAUGUGUAAUAUAAUAGGGUUUUUCUCCA